UUUAACCAAACCAUGGAAAUCUAUUUUAUCAAUCAUUUUCUUUUCUUCGACUUCACUUUCAUUCGAACCAGUGAGAAGCCGGCCCGAAUUAUCAAAAAAGGACCGUUCAAAUCUAAGAAAUGGAGGGAGAGGCAAAUCAACGAACACCUCAAGGGCAAUCUGCUUUAUUUUUCUCAGCAUGCCCUUUGUUCCUCUAAAACCCUAACCCUAAGUUAGCUUCCCUCUCGCCUCCUCCAAUGGCGGGCAACGCCAUGUCCGGGGAGAAAAUCUUCAUGUCGAAGUGCGCUCAGUGCCAUAACCUGGAUCGAGGAGGGGGAGCAGCUCAAAAGCAAGGCCCCAACUUGAAUGGACUUUUCGGGAGGAGAUUUGGUGCUUGUCCUGAGUAUUUAUUCACUUCUGAGAACAAGAAUUCGACGCUUGUGUGGGAGGAGUCUGCGCUGCCAGAGCACCUGUUGGAUUCAAACAAGUGCAUUCCAGGCACAAAGACAAAUUUUCCUGGUCUUGGAAAGCAACAAGAUUGUAUAGAUCUCACUGAUUAUCUCAAACAGCAGAAGAAGACAUCUCUUUCAGUCCCCUCUGCUGUCAUCAGUUCAAAAAACAACCUUUCACAAAUACAAAGCUACAUCAUAAGAUCAUGGAAAGAGUCUGUGACCUUAACCCCUUCCAAUUUUCCUAGGAGAAAAGUGGAAAAUGAAAAAUUCAGAUAUCCCACUAACCAUCAAAUCCUUUUGCUUAUAGGUUCCAUCCGGUCCCUCUCAAUGGAAGGCCAAAUCUCCGAAGCCUUCAAGUCCUUUUCUGUCCUUCAACACCGCACCUCUUCCUCCAUUAUUUUUCUCCAUCCCAUCUCUUCUCUCCUCUCUGUGGCAACCAAUCUCAAAGCCCUUCCACAGGGAAAACAACUUCAUGCUCAAAUAAUAUUCCUUGGUCUCCAUGGAAACUCUUUUCUUAUUUCCAGGUUGUCCUCCUUUUACUCUACUGUCAGCCUAAUCUCUGAUGCCAAAACCAUAGUAGAAGAUUCAAGCACCAAGCAUGCCUUGCCCUGGAAUCUUCUAAUCUCCGCAUAUGCCCAGAAUGGAUUUUGGCCGGAUGCAGUUUUAGCCUACAAAAAAAUGGUUGAAAGGGGUUGUGAGGUUGAUAAGUUUGCCUUCCCAUCAAUUCUAAGGGCUUGCAGUGAGAUUCUGGUCUUGGAUUUGGGGAGAGCAAUUCAUGGAAGCAUAGUAAUUAGAGGUUUGCAACAUGAUCUUUUCAUUUGCAAUGCUUUGAUUUCAAUGUAUGCUAAGUGUGGUAUGAUGAAAGUUGCAAGGCAAUUGUUCGAUUAUAUGCCUCAAAAAGAUACAGUUACUUGGAACUCUUUGAUCUCAGGGUAUUCUUCAAAGGGGAUGUGUGUAGAAUCUCUUGAUUUGCUGGAGAAGAUGCAAUUGGAGGAAUCUAAAACAAACACUGUCACUUGGAAUACUAUUGCUACAGCAAAUUUGCAGAUGGGCAGACACUUGGAAGCACUUGAAUUGAUAUCUAAGAUGAGAAUCAUAGAUUCAUCUAUAGAUUCUGCAUCAUUGGUUAUUGGACUAAACUCGUGCUCUAAAAUUGGGUUUCUGAGACUGGGUAAGGAGAUUCAUGGAUUGGCUCUCCGUCUCCACUAUAAUGAGCUUGAGAAUGUUAGUAAUGCUUUGAUCACAAUGUAUUCAAGAUGCAAGCAAGUAGAAGUUGCUCAUCUUCUGUUUGGAAUGAAAACAUAUAAGAGUUUGAUCACUUGGAAUGCAAUGAUUGCAGGGUUUGCAUUUGGAGAUCAAGAAGAAGAAACAUUUGCAACUUUUCAAGAAAUGAUCAGGUCCCAAAUUCAGCCAAAUUAUGUGACAGCAAUGAUAAUUUUCUCUCUCUGCACACGCGCCACAAAUCUCCAGUAUGGACGAGAACUCCACUGCUACAUAAUCAAGCACAUGCACAGCAGCUACCAGUUAUUGUGCAACUCUCUGAUUGACAUGUACUCUAAGCUGGGAAGGAUUAGGGUUGCGGAGAAAGUCUUUGACAUGAUGAGUGACUGUGAUGGAGUAUCCUACACUUCUAUGAUUGCUGGAUAUGGAAUUCAAGGGGAGGGGAUGAAGGCAUUGGACCUCUUUGACAAGAUGAUUUCUUGUGGGAUUAUGCCGGAUGGCUUUACUAUGGUGGCAAUCCUCUCAGCUUGUAGCCAUUCUGGCAUGAUUACCGAAGGUGAAACUCUAUUUUGGAAAAUGAAUGUUUUCUAUGGAAUAUCACCUCAAAUGGAGCAUUAUUCUUGUAUGGUUGAUCUCUUUGGGAGAGCUGGAUUAUUAAGGAAUGCAGAAGAAUUCAUUGACCAAAUGCCAUUCGAACCAAGCACUGCAGUACUAGCAACUCUCAUAAGGGCAUGCCGAGCCCAUGGGAGCAAGGAGAUAGGAGAGAGGGCAGCUAAGAGGCUUCUGGAGAUGACAUCUGAUGAUCCAAAUCAUUAUGUUUUAAUUGCUAACAUGUUUGCUUAUUGUGGUAACUGGGAGCAAUUGAUGAAGGUUAGGGCAGUAAUGAAGGAUAUGGGUAUAGUUGAGCUCCACAUACUUUUGGGGGGAUUAUUUCAGCACAUGCAAGAUGUUGGAUAUGCUGAUAAUGAGGAUUUGGGGGUUCAGUAGGAACCUGAUCAUAAUGAUGGCUCACUCUAGCCAAGAGCUAAUGAAAGCAUCCUAUAUCAAUAGUCNUGA